AUGAGUUCCAGUCAUGAUCAUGUCAAUGAUCCUUCACAGGAUAUAGAUUGUAAUUCUAAUAACGAGCAAAAUAUUAUGGAAAUAGGUGUUUUUUCCAACGAAACUUUAGUUAAUCAACAAACCAACACUUAUCUUCUUAAUUCAAAACAAAAAACAGCCGCCGAACAAAAUACAGACCCACAGUCUCCAGUUCAAAUUGAAAAAAAGUUACCUACUGCGGAAAAUCAAGAUUUGUCCGAAAAUACAUUAUUGAUGCAAAUAAAUCAGCAACCAAGCAUAAUUAAUAAUCCUGUGAACCCUGAAAUUCUCAAUAAACCUCUGCAAAAUUAUCAAGCUUUAAUUUUAAGUUUCAAAACAAGUUCAAGUGAUGAUGAAAAGCAUGAAAAGAAGUCAAGUGGCCAUUCAGAUGAUAAUGAUUCGCCAGAUGAUCCUAUAUUAAUUAGUUCAACAGAAUUUGACCAAAUUAUUUCUGAAGAUAUGGGUUCAAAGAAAAAGAAGGGCAGGCCAAAAAAGCAACCGAAUGAAAAUAUUGAAAAUGGUACAAAAAGGAAAAGAGGAAGACCACGGAAAAAUCCAAUUGACCAUAACAGUGCGAGUACCGAAUUGAAGAAAGAAUAUGAGUCAGCCAAGCAAACAAAGACAGAUGUUAUCACUCUACCAAUUAUGAGUCAAUCAAUUGAACCUCAUAAUAACGAUUUACUCAAAAUCAUUCAUCCAGACUCUGAUAAACAAGAGAAAAGGAGGCCAGGAAGACCGAAGAAGGAUUCAUUAGAACCAAAAAUCGUAGAAAUGGUCGGACAUAGUCAAGGAGAAGUAGCUUUUUCACUUAAUGAAAUAACCUUACCUGUCCAAGAAAAAAGAAAACCAGGAAGGCCAAGAAAGAAUUCUUUUGAACCAAAGAUUAUAGAAAUUUCCCAACCGAACGCGGUCACAAGCGAAAAUCUACAUGAUGAAACUCAGCCACAACAGAUUGAAUCAUUAAACAUAGAUACAGCAAGUAUCGGAUUAGAUCUUCCUAAAAUUAUUGAAAGUAAUCAAGAACAGACAAACAUCUUGGCCAAACCAGAGAAGAGAAAAGUCGGAAGACCGAGAAAGAGCCAAAUUAUUCCUACAACAAACGAAAAUGAUCAAAACGUCACUAAUUCAGAGACAACUGAAAAGAGAAAGGUCGGCCGGCCGAAGAAAAAUCCUGCUAACACUCAGCCACAGGAAGGCAGCCGAGUUCAAAUUGAGAUUCCGAAAGAAGGCCAGGAUUCCUCGGCAGCAGUCAAAAGAAAAGUUGGAAGACCAAGAAAAAAUCCAAUCUCUUCAGAAAAUAAAGUUGAACAAGAACAACAACAACAAAAGGAGAAAAAAAAGCCUGGUAGGCCGAAGAAAAACUCAAAUACUAUUUUAGAUAUUUUUUCCAGACUUGAAUCUCAAGAAACACCAGAGAAAAGAAGUGAAAUUCCUCAUUCAGGAGAAAAAAAUUCAAAUGGCGAAUUAGACUCUUCAAUUUUAUCUAUAAAUCUCAAUAGUAGUGAUACUGAUAAUCCAACAAAUAGACACACUCAUGAUAAUGAUUCUGAAGAAGAACUUAGAUUCCAGUUUGAUGAAAAUGAUGAAUCAAUUUUGUCAGAAAAAAUUCUAAUGUUUAACAAAGAUAAAAAUUCAAAAUCUGAAGAUAAAAAUGAAAUUCAAAACAUUUCAGAUGAAAAUAUCCCACUACCAAGAAUUAUUUCCUCAUCAGACGAAGAGAAAAAUGAUUUUAGCCAUGAAGAAGAUUCCCGAAUCAAUGAAGAUAUAAAGCAAUUUGUUCCCUCUCCUUAUUACGAAACUGUUUACAAGAUUUACAAAUUUUUCAAUGAACGGAUUCCUUUUGCUUCUAUUCUUAUUGCAAUUCACCAAUCAUUUGGCGAUAUUUACUUGGCAAUGACAAAAUUAUCUCAAGGACAAAUAGAGACAGAUAUAAAUUUAUUAUUAAAGAAUCCAGCACCCGAAGAACUUAAUAAAGGUCUUGAUUACUAUAAUUAA